AUGGUGGAAUUCCCGAAGCCCGGAUCCCCAAGUGACGUCAUCGUCAUUCGAGGCCACAAAGACAACGUGGGCAAAGCUGUGGAGGAAAUUAAUAAGAUAUACAAAGAAUUUGAAAACCUAGGAGAAAUGACUUUAGAAGUGCCGGUCAAAUACAAGGCUAAACUGGGCUACCUUUCCAAAAUUUCAACCGCAAGUGGUGUCAGUUGUCGCGUGGUUUUCCCACAAAAUUUGCUGUUAAGAGGAGACAAAGGGGCCGUCGCCGAGACGAAAGAACAUAUCUUGAAAGUGAUUCAAAAUAUGGACUCGCAGAUUGUUCUGGAAUGGAGAGUACCCCAAAAGUACCACAGAUUUGUUUUGGGCACGAAAGGUCAAAGAGUUCAAGAGGUUACUAAAAAGUUUGAAGUCGACAUCAAAGUUCCGAGUAGAAGGAUCACACCAGUGACAUCUGCGAGAAAAUUCAAAACCGGGAAGAGUAAGAAGUUGAAGAGUUCUCCAAAAGAGGAGAAAACAAUUGAAACAUCUGACCAUGACGUUAACAAUAAUCACAUCAACUCCGACAACAAUAACAUUACAAAUGAUAGCAGUGUUGAUGUUGCUAGCAGAGUGGAGCCAAACAAAAACACUGAUGACGAUGCUAAUGAUGAAGGCAGUGAUGGUAAUCUGCCAGGCGACAAUGCAGAAACUGCCGGUAGAGAUAGCUAUGAUAAGAAGGAUGAUGAGGAAGAGAAUGGUGGCGAUGAUAGAAAUGUUAAAGAUGAUGAUGUGAAAGUUGAUGGUGACGACAGUAAUGACGUCAUUUCAAUUAUUGGUUUGCCUAGUAACUGCGAAGCGGCCAAGAGAGCUUUGAGUGAAUUCAUUCCAACGACCAUAGAACUAACAGUCCCAUCAGUACACCAUAGACAGUUAAUCGGACAGAAGGGUGCAAUUAUUCAAAAGUUCAUGAAAGAUUUCUCGGUAGCCAUAACUAUACCCCCGGCAAUCACGUGCUCUGACGUCAUCAAAGUUGAAGGUCGACCCGCCGAUGUCGAAAGGGCAAGGGAGGCCAUUGAAAGAAGAGUGCAAGAAUUGGAAGAAGAGAAAAAAUUAAGGAAGUUGAAAAGUUUUAAGAUAGAAAUUGAAAUAGAACCAAUCUACCACACGAAAAUAAUUGGCCGAAACGGAGGCGUGGUUAACAAAAUCAGGGACCAGUACGAUGUCAGGAUCCAAUUUCCGGAAAAAAAUUCGACCAAUCAGAAUGUUAUAACCAUAAUUGGUUUGGAAGCUGCGGUGAAGGAUUGUAAAGAAUAUAUCCUGAAAAAGAUUAAGGAAAUUGAAUCAACGGUUCAUGAAGAACUGAGAAUCGAUAAUCGGGUACAUCCGCGAAUAAUCGGAUCGAAAGGUCGGUCGGUUCACAAACUGAUGGAGGAUUUCAACGUAGAUAUAAAAUUCCCCGCCAAGGAUAGCAUGGAUAAGGACUUGAUCGUUGUAUCCGGACAGAAGAAGGAUGUGGAACUGUGCUGCGACCAUCUGAUGAAUUUAGAAGAUGAAUAUAUCCAAAAAAUUCUUGACGACGAAGUGAUCAAAGAGUAUAAGAAAUCGGCCGCAACGCUCAACACUUUCUUCAACAACAUCAACAACAACAACCACAACAACAACAACAACAACAACAUGAAAGGUUUCAUAGUAAGAGACGCUCCGUGGUCUAGAACAUCAGCACCAACAGCCACAACAACAUCGGCAACUUCGUCAGCAACUACUACAACUACUUCCCGGGGCUCAGCAACAGCAAAGACAGCAACAACAACGACAACAACUGCAACAACAACAACAUAA